AUGAACACUAAUGAAGGUGAUGAUCUUGAGAAUUCGAAGGAAUUAUCACAAAUCGGAAGAAAACGAAGAGUUGCUGUGGAUAAUCAACAUUUAGAAAAAAAAGAUAAGAUUGAUAAGCAUAUGAAACUAAGAAAAAAGAAUAAACCAAGAAAGUUGUAUGAGAAAACAUAUCGAAAUAAAAAAUUGGAUUUUGCUGACGGAGCAAUAGAUGAGAGAAUAAAAGUUGCUGAUCAUAGUGAUAAAAAUAUUUCUAGCAAAGGUAUAGGACUUGAAACAACUAACACUGAAGCAGAUAUAAUUAGUUUUUCUGAUUCUAAAAUCAAUCUAACCGAUGAAGAAAAGGAUGUUGGAUUAACUAGUAGCUGGUUUUAUAAUAAUGAUGCAAAAUACAAUUAUAACAAAGCUGCGAAAAAUGUCUCGAAAUUUAAAACGAAAUUCGGUAAUAUUAAAUUCGACAAAAAUGCAGAAAGAAAUGUGAAAAUUAAUAAUUCGGAAAGUAAAAAGCGAAGCUUCAUUGCAAAAAGACAGAUUUCAAAUGACAAUAAUAAGGAUACUGCUUACACCUUACGUUCUGGGACCUUUAGAAAAAUAAGUCAUAAAAAUUCUGGUGAAACUGCGAAUGAACCUUUUGAUUUAGGAGAUUUAAAAAAUUUUCAAUCAAGUGAAAGUGAUCGAAUAGAAAAAGAAGAGAUAAGUUUUGAGGAAACUGAAGGUCCGUUGAAAAUGAAUUUAAAAGAAGUAGUAUCAAACUCUGGUAAUAUUUAUAAUGUUAUGAAAAGUAGCAAGGACGAGGAAAAUGUUUGGCCGAGCGAUGGAGAAUCUGCUGCAGAAAUUGGAAUUAUUGAACAACUUCCCUCACUUUAUGGAAAAAUUGCGUUUGAGGAUGAUUUUGUAUUUCGAGAUGCUGAUGGAGACCCUUCUUCAGAAGUUUCAUUUUCAACUGUCGAAGCUGAGACCAGCGUCAUAAGGUGCACUAAAGUGAUGUCCCCUAUUCUCAGGAAAUGCUGUAGACCACUGCUGGAAGCUUUAUAUGCUCUUAUUAAUGAUGAACAAAGGCCAUUAGAUGAGCCGAACUUAAAACGUUGCGACCAUUUUUGCUAUAGAGCCGCUUUGAAAUACUGUUCUCCGAAGGCAGCACGUAUUACUUCUUCAGUCAUAAGAAAGAUUAAAGGAUAUCCGUUAUUAGGAGAUGUUCAGUUUGGAGCUAUCUGCAACAAAACAAUUCACGUGGCUUUAAACUAUUGCUGUGAUUUAUUUGUUUUAAAUUUUUAUCAAGGGAAUUAUAAUUAUGAAGAAAAGACGUUCAAAGAACCUGAAUGUGCACAAGUUUGCCAAAAAAGCAUUUUCCAAUUGUGCUUUCAUUUCAAGCCACUCCAGGAAUAUUUUAAAUCCCUAAUAAAAUCUUAUUUUAGAAAGAAGAAUAUUUUAGGUUUGUAUACAAUUUCUACAAACUCAAGUCAAAUAUUCCCUGUAACGCAGAACAAGACCCUUAUAAAUGCGAUGCUGUAUAGACAGAUAAGAACUACAUUUGCACCUAAUUUGAAAUACAACUACAAUGAACCGUGCAAUACAUUAUCAAAAAGUGCAGCUAACAACUUACGUCAUAGGCGACAAGUGGCGGCUGGAACGGCAUACACACGAGAAAGAAAGACGAGCUUUCAUCGAAAAGAAGCAUUUCGAAUUCCUGCUCACUUUAAGAAACUUGCAAGAAUGUGCAUCUACAUGAUCCAAAAUUCUUCUCUUGACAACUGUGUACAGGGGAUAUAUGAUUAUAUACUGAUGCUUUCAAAUGGAGUGAAGACAAAUCAACCUAUUCUGACGGAUAUUUCUAAAGCUUCAUCUUGUCUCGGUGAUGUUUUUAAUCCUUGUUCCACAGAGUCCAUCCUUGUUCUGAAUUCUCUAUUGCAACAAUUCCUAGAGGAUUCUAUUAAUAUUAUAAAUGUAACAGCAAUGAAAAGGAAAGGAAGUAUUGAUGAAAAAACUAAGGAAAUAGUAAAUUUGUGUCUCAAUCGAGCAGGAUCUGAUCUCAUAAAUAAUUGUAUAGGAGGAUUUUACUCCAUCAUCAAAGAAAUCUUGGAUAAAGGCCAUAGCACCAUAGAUAUAGACUUGACUAAUGAAGGUGUAAAAUGUCUUUCCGAAGUGCUAAGUAUUUGUUCUUUGAAAGCUCGUAUUGCUUUGAUGAGACUGAUGCUCGAAUACGAAGGAGUUUUGCUAAAUAUUUCAUUUAUGCCUCAAAGUGAUCACAUUAACAUAAUGAAGUUGAUAUCAGGUGAAGAAAAACGGAGUUUUGCUGAAUGCUUUAAAACCUUAAGUCAAGAAGAAAUGAAUGCCUGUGAACCGGAAUUGUAUUCUUUACUUUCUGAACUUACCAAAGGAUCUAUGAGAUUACUUGAUGUGCCACUGUCGGGUAACAAAGAAUGCCUAACGGAUGCAUUUAAAAAAUGUUCAUUUCAUUCACGUUUAGUUAUCAUGGAUCUAAUUACGUUUAUUACAGACAAUACUAUAGAUAUACCAUUGCAUUUCCCCAAAGAAACCCCAGUUCCUAUAACAAAGGAAGAACAGAAAGUCAUUCAUCACUGUUUAUCUCAACUAAACCCAAUUAUUGUUGAUGAUUGCUUACCAGGAUUUAUGUAUGUUUUGAAUGAAGUGUACGAAAACAACAUUCCGGAUUUAAGCAAGAUUCCAGUACGUAUAGCUCCAGCAAGCUGUCUGAAAAAUUCAUUUGCCAACUGCAGUGCCGAUUCUCGCCUUUUCUUAACUGAACUUGUUCACCGCUAUACCAAUGUAUUUGUAGACCUGCUAUUUUUUAUUUCUAAAGACAACAUUGAUCAAAACUUGCUGAAUAUUGCCAGCGAAUGUAUAGCUACGAUUCCUGUCCCUUUGCUUAAUGGAUGCAUCAGAGAUUUGACUACGAUUACAGAAAAGUUGUCAAGCGGAUUUUAUCAUAUAUCGGAGUUAAAAAUAGAAUUAAAAGAAAAGACACCAAAUUGCAUGAAUGAAUUGUUCAAUCGUUGCAGUCGAUAUCAUCGAAUAUUAAUUGAUCAACUAAUGAGAAAAUUGACUCGUAGUGUCACAAAUACUGAUAUGUUCGACAUUCUUCAUCCACUGAAUAUAUAUUCAGGCCCUCAUCACCAUACACAAACAGAUAUGCAGUUAAUUCAACAGUGCUUCGGUACAGUUAAUGAAGAUUACCUCAACUGGUGUGUACCAGGUCUCUACGAAAUCAUUAGAUCUUUAACAGAGUCAAAUAUUCCUAUUUCAGUGAUAGCCUUAAAACCUAUUGAAGGAUCAUGUCUUGAUAUGGCAUUUGCUGAGUGCUCAUACAAAUCCCGCAUUUUAAUAAAGGAUUUAUUGUAUGAUUUUGCUUAUUUGUUUGUAAACAUAUCUUUGCAUGGAGCUCCUCAAGGACAAACAGGUGAACUAGGCCCUCCAAUAGAUGCUAUUCAAGAAUGCAUUGCAAGUGUUAAUUCUACUGGAUCAGACAGUUGUGUACUUGGAAUCAUAGCUUCUCUCCAUAAGAUAUUUAUUGAGAAAGUGGAAAAUCCUCAACCUAUCGUGUCCUCUGAUAAGGAAAAGACAAGCAUGGCAUGUUUAGCUGAAUUAUUUAAGCCCUGCGAUUUACCCGUUAAAGUAUUCCUUUUGAAACGUAUUGCUGAUAUUAGCAAUGUGAAUGUAAAUUUCAUAAUGGAAACAUUUUUAAUAAAAUCCAAAGCAGAUGAAAAGAAAAAAGUCAUAGAAGAAAAUGGUGUACAAGUAAGAUUGAAUCCUAUAUUGAAAAUGAGACAGCAACCUUUAGAAAAUCAUGUGGGUCAUAGAACUGCUAAUUUUGCGGAAAUUGCUGCAAUCCAAGAAAAGAAAAUUCCGUUCCUGAACGAAAUUUCAAAACUUUCAGCAUAUCAAAAGGAGUUUGGAAAAACAGACAUCCUCUGGUACGACAAACUACGGUACAAAGGAAUAUAUCCUGGAGAGGGCCAAAAAAUUGGAUGCACUAAAGGAAACCGAGAUUCAAUGGGAUUCAGAGCCAGAAAUACUAUUUAGAAAUAAAAUAUAUUGUGCCUGACCAAAUGGUUGUAUUCAUUUUUUUAAUAAAUUGUUUUAGAAUCUUUGAAUAUUU